AUGGCUUCUCUUCUUCGUACUGCCGGCCGUUCGCGGGCGAUUCUUCCUCGUGUGAAUGCUCACACAGCCUCAAGGGUACCAAUGACGCUCAAUAGACGAUAUGCUACCGCAGCCGCCGCUGUCGCUACAGACAGCGGAGAGCAGUCGUUCUUCCCCGACGAGCCCAAGCUGCCAAUUGUGAAGACACAGAUUCCCGGGCCCAACAGCCAAAAGGCUAUUGAGAAGCUCGGCAAGGUGUUUGAUAUCCGAAGCUUGAACAUGAUGGCCGACUAUUCACGAAGCUACGGCAACUAUAUUGCCGACCUCGACGGCAAUGUCCUUCUCGAUGUAUAUGCCCAGAUUGCCUCUAUCCCAGUCGGCUACAACAACCCUUCUCUCCUUCUCGCAGCCACCUCCCCAGAAAUGGCCUCAGCGAUCAUCAACCGACCCGCCCUCGGAAACUUCCCUCAGCACGACUGGGCCGACAUCCUCGAAAGCGGCAUCCUCUCCGUAGCACCUAAAGGCCUCAACCAAGUCUUCACCGCACAAGCCGGUUCCGACGCCAACGAGCUCGCCUACAAAGCAGCCUUCAUGUGGAAGCGCCAGCAACAACGAGGCGGCGCCGACGCCGACUUCUCCGCCGAAGACAUCGCCUCCUCCAUGAACAACAAAUCCCCUGGCGCCCCGGACAUGUCGAUUCUCUCCUUCAAAACCGGGUUCCACGGCCGCCUCUUCGGCAGUCUCUCUACAACCCGCUCAAAGCCCAUCCACAAACUCGACAUCCCCGCCUUCGACUGGCCACAAGCCCCCUUUCCCCAGCUCAAGUACCCCUUGGCAGAGCACGAGGCGGAAAACAGGCGAGAAGAGCAGAGAUGCUUGGAUGAAACAGAGCAGUUGCUUAUGAAUUACCACAACAAACCCGUCGCCGCCGUGGUCGAACCCGUCCAAUCCGAAGGCGGCGACAACCACGCCACCCCCUUCUUCUUCCAAGGGCUCCGCGAAAUCACAAAGAAACACAACGUCCUCCUCAUCGUUGACGAAGUCCAGACUGGCGUCGGUGCAACAGGCAAGUUCUGGGCGCAUGAGCACUGGGGUCUCUCUUCCCCACCCGACAUUGUUACUUUCUCCAAGAAAGCCCAGACCGCAGGUUAUUAUUUCGGCAACGAUGAUUUGAGGCCGAAUAAGCCGUACCGCCAGUUUAACACGUGGAUGGGUGAUCCCGCGCGUGCAAUCUUGUUCAGAGCCAUCAUCCAGGAGAUUCAGAGAUUGGAUCUCGUGAGUAGUACUGCUGCCACUGGCGAUUACCUUUUCAGUGGGCUAGAGCGCUUGGCGGAGAAGUAUCCUGCUGAGAUUCAGAAUCUGCGUGGAAAGGGACAGGGGACUUUUAUUGCGUUUGAUAGUGGGAGGAGGGAUGAGGUGCUUAAGAAGGCGAAGGGCCAGGGGGUGAAUAUUGGAGGCUCCGGGGAGAGGGCGGUGAGGUUACGGCCUAUGCUUAUUUUCCAGAAGCAGCAUGCGGAUUUGUUGCUUGAGAGGUUGGAGAAUGUGUUUAGGGGGUAG